CUUUUACAGCCAGCUCUACGCGCUUUUGAAAGAGGCGAGUUGCAUCAGGAGCUGCCUUUGGGUGUCUCCAAGCCCUCUGCAAGAUAAGAAGCAAAGCGGAGACCAUGAGGAUCAAAAGCGCUGAAGUCCUUUGUGUGUUGAUUCUGGUCUCCCAGAUGCUUCUAGCCAACUGUGAAAGGCAGAAGGAAAGAAAAAAGGGAAGACACGGCAUAGAAGAGGGUGGAAAAAACCAACCUGAAUCUAACCGAGAACAUGAAAAGGGGCGGAAGCCAAAAGGAGGAAAAGCAGCUCCUAAAGGCAAGUUUAAAACCAAAGAGAAUGCUGAGUGCACCUGGGCAGUGACGGACACGAAUGCUGCCACUCUGCACGUAGGCUGCAAGCACGGAGACAGCGAGUUCUGGUGUGAGUUCUCAGGAGACCCUUCCACCUGCCCGCAGUACGCAGCGAACCAGAGAUCCUACUGGAAACAAGUCUCCCGAUCCCUAAAGAAGCAGAAGCAGAUCUGUCAAGACCCCAAAAGUGUCCUAAAAUCUAAAGUGUGUAGGAAAGGGCCGCGAAGCGCUCAUUUCAAGUUGACCCGCUCAAGCCUACUGACGUCAGUAGGUCCUGCAAGAGGGAACGCCAUUCAUCACGCAAAAGAAGUCGUUCAGGCUCCAGCAGCCACCUCUCUGACUGAAAAAAAGCAAGAACACCAUCCUCAAGACUGCGUUGAAGACGUAGAUUAUAUUGAUCAGAAAAAGGUGGCUGAGGAGUACUGCCCAGAAAGCUUGCUUUCUUUCUGCAACUUUUUCAUCACCAUGGUCCAAGACAAAAAAUGCUGAGGAGGAAGUGUUCCUAAAGCUCUGUAUCACGAGAGCCUGAUCUCACCUAAGUCACUGCAAACUAUUCCAGAUUUUAUUCUCAUGUUGUAUAGUGUAUAUAAGAAAAAAAAGGAAUAUAUUUUUUCUGAUUUUGUAUAUACACAACAGACUACACUUGACGUAGUCGAAGCUGUUCUAGAUUUUAUGUGCAUGUAGAUUGCUACACAGGUGUUACCUAUGGAUGUUACGUACUCUGCACAGAAGCAUAUAAGUAGUCUCCUUGCCCCUCUUUGAGCUGUGCUAGCCAAAGCAACGAAUUCAGUGCUAUGCACUUCUUGGUUAUGUACAAUACUUUUGACCUAAAAAUUAUUAACAAAAAUAAACUUCAAAACAUAUUCAAAAUAUUUUCUCUUUCUGUGUUUAACUAGAUUUCUCUAUAAGUGCUUCAAAGUUUGCUCUUUCACAGGAUCUUGGCAAAGUGUUACUUAUAAAGCAGUUUUAAAAAUACUUCUGCAGCUUUGCAGACUUUAUCUUUUUCAGCCAGUACAAACAAGAUUUUGAUAGGGAACUAUAUUAUUAUUAGUUCUUCAUCAUCGUGACAAUGAAGGGCAGCAAGAUUUUCAGAUCAGCUUUUUCCAUAGUUUUGCAAAGCUUCAGCUUUUCAAUCUCAUCAGAAGAUGUCAGAAAACUUUGCAAACUUCAAUGCUGUCAUUUCUCCUAUAGUAUGAAGCACAUCGUACUGAUUUUAUGGCAGGUAAA